GGCAGUUCUCUCAGGCGACACACUGACCGUGGGCCGGCUGUCAGUCGUAUCUCAGGAGACGAUAUGAACGGCUCUGGCCUGUUGUUCGAACCCUUGUCUCGAGUCCUGCUUCAACCAUCAUCACACUGCUCGACCGCCCUCCGGAAACCACCACUGCCCGAUAAUUAUGCGUUGGUCUCCGCUCGUCUUCGCGGUUGCCGCCGAGGCCCAGUUCAGCCAGGGCCUGAACCACCUGCGGUUCGGAUGCUCGCAGAUCACCAUCGAGCGUCUCGACCCUCUGGUCAACCCGGGCAGGAUCGCAACGCCGCACAUGCACCAGGUCGUGGGCGGCAACGCCUUCAACGCGUCCAUGCCAUCGGCGGACAUCUCCAAGGUCGCGACCUGCACCACCUGCGGCCCGGCCGACGACUUCUCAAACUACUGGACCGCCAACAUCUACUUCCAGGCCCGCAACGGCAGCUACAAGCGUGUGCCCCAGGUUCCCAACAGGCUCCUGUUCAAUGACAAAUUCACCACCCAGACCGCCGGCGGCAUUACCGUAUACUACAUUGCGCCGUCCAAGAACACUGUGACUGCGUUCAAGCCGGGCUUCCGCAUGUUCGUCGGCGACCCGGCGCGCCGCACCAAGAAGUACAAGUCGCAGAGCUGCUUUCGCUGCUACUCGGGGCCCAACUUUGGCGGCGACGACGCGGCGCCCUGCUCCGACGCCCGGCUCGACUUUGAGGGCUUCCCGCCCAACCCGUGCCUGGGCGGCAUCCGCUCCAACGUGCUCUACCCGACCUGCUGGGACGGCAAGAACCUCGACUCGCCCAACCACAUGGACCACGUGGCGUACCCGACGGCGGGGCCGUCUAACUUCCUCUCGACAGGCGCAUGCCCGUCGACGCACCCCGUCAAGAUCCCGCAGCUGAUGCUCGAGGUGGUCUGGGACACGACCAAGUUCAACGCCAAGAGCGACUGGCCGGCGGACGGGUCGCAGCCGCUGGUGCUCAGCACAGGCGACAAGACGGGGUACGGGCAGCACGGCGACUACGUGUUCGGGUGGAAGGGCGACGCGCUGCAGCGGGCCAUGGACGCCAACGGCUGCUUCAGCGCCACGUGCGGCAACCAGAAGACGCAGGACAAUGCGGCUGCGAACAAGUGCGUUAUCAAGAAGACGGUCAAGGAGGACGUUGAUGGCUGUGAGUUCUCUCAUUUCUUUUUCUUUUUCUUAUUGAUGCUAGCUGCCCUUUCAAACACACUCUGUUCCUUGGGUUUUGUUGGUGGUGUCGUGACUAACUGUUCGGUUCUAGGGUUCGAUAUGCUUCCGGGCGAGCCCAUGGCGUAGAGUUACGGCUCUGGGUCCCACAAGUAGCCCUGACGAUGGGCGAUUGUGUACAAGGGAGGCUGUUUGGCGGUACACUGCUUCUUGAAGGCAGAAGAUGAAGCCGAGUAGUAGCAUUUUGACUGUGUGCGUGAUCCGUUAAAGAAGUAAUCACGUCUUUCGUCGUCCAUAAUCAUCCAAUGAACCUUGGAUUCCUGAAUGCACGUGUUGAGAACCCCUUCGAGCCUUGCUUCGAGCCUUGAGAGACUGAUUGAUCAAUGGUAAUCUUCACCUGCCAAACCACAUCACGUCUCCAUUUCUACAUCUCAGUUCGAUUCUCUGCAAGACACUUGCAC